GCACUACCCGAGUGCUCCCCAGUGCUUGCGACGGUACGGUACUCGUACAUGAUCGUGCAAUCUGAACGCGAGCACUGGAGCUACCGUAUCGUACGAUAUCUCCCGUAAAAGUUGGACUCGCCCUGGGCAGAGUCCGCCCAAUUGCCUUCCGCUACCGGUAUCUGCUCAAGGUGUGGUGAUUUCGGCGUCUCCCUGCCCUCGGCUGACCCGGCUGGCCUUACCGCAGCUCCAAUCCGACACUUGUGGGGAAAAAAAUACAUGACACAUUUGCGGUACCGUUGGAUUUGGCAAUGGAGUACAAACGCCUUUCGCGCUGUGGUGUCGAUGGGUGCAAGCAGACACUCUUUUACCUGGAUGAUGGACAGUGGUUUUGCAAGAAUGAUCACUUGAGAGAGGUAUGGUGCUGUGGUGGUGGGUGUGGGGUGUUAUGAGUAUGAUGAUAGCUAAUGGGGAUCAUCGACUCAGGGAGAGCUCGAAGUAGCUGCCGACGAUGAAGGCUUUGGCACGCAGGGAUCCAGAGCAGCCAAAGCGACGCGGGAAAAGGAAAAAAAGGGAAAAGGUAUGGUGAAUUGUCGUGGAAUAAACGGACUGCUGUACCAGUACUCCUCCUCUCAUCGUCAGUGGCUAGACUGGUCGGCUGGUUGACCAAAAAAUUUUCCAUUGUAGUGCUCCGUGGUCGAAAGGGCUUCGAGCUAUUCCUUCAAUGCUAUCAAUUAAUCCUCAGGAAACAAGUUCACUGGCUAGUAUCUGAGAAGCACUUCCCGAGAGAACUCGAGGUAUUUUUUAUUUUUUUUUGCUGCGGCCCCUUUUGUGACAGUAUUCCCCCCCCCCCUUCUUUUUCUAAGGGGAGCAGCGGCAACCAAACCAAACGGGUAGGGCUGACUGACUGGGCGUAGAUCGUCGUCCGGGAUCUAUGGGUUCUGCAACUGAAAAAGGUCUCUACUACAAUCCCUGCGACCGCAGAUGAUUCACCGAAAGACAGAGAUGAGUAUGAUGAUGAAUACGGUGAUGGUGGUGGUGAUGAUGCUAGAGACCUGGACGGGGCGGGUGACGUUGGAUCUUCAUCGGCGGGGUAUUCUUCCCAAUCUUCGUAUUUGUACACGAGUGACGACUCGCAGUCUACGGCUCAGAGUAGGAAUUCACAGGGUACGCAGCGGAAGAGGAGGAAGAGGAGGGUGCCAAGAGCUGCGGAUAGGCCAAAGUUGAUUGGAUCUGUGGGGAUUUGCUAUCUAGGUUUGAUCGUGCUUGGAGUUUCGGUAUCACUGGGGGAUAUUCAUCGGUGGGUCGAGGAGCAGGGGAUUGUCUAUCUGAGGGCCAUCAAUGAGAUUCCCAGUGAGAUGAAGCAAAGGCUUGAUGCAGAGUACUACGUCGCUUUGGAUCCAAGGGUAUGUCUCCCCUCCUCCCCCCCCCUCCCUCUCCCGUGGGGGUGUUUUCCCCCCACCCCGAGCGAGCAAGCGGGGAGGGGCUGAUGUGAGUGAGUGGAUAGGUUCGUCCGACACUGGGAUUACUUCAUUCAACGGUUCAAGGACUGGUAAUUAUGUAUCAGGUCACUUUCGGAAUGACAUUUCCUCCCUUGAACACCACCUUACUUGUAUUCAAAUUCUUGAAAGCACUAGGUCUUCCCCGUACGCUAGCUUUUCCCUCCCCUCCCCUCUUCCAAAAAUAUCCUACGCGGAAAUAAUUCAAGGAAGCCCUAACACGGUACAAUGUUGAAGUGGAAAUAUACCACGGCUUCAAACGUCUCGCAAACCUGAUCUCUCUCCCGUUCACAUGGAACGGCCUAAGGCACCGCAAGCGAGUCACCAACUGGCCCGAAGCCCGUUUAAUGGCCCUCUUGAUCAUAUCGACAAAGCUGUUAUACGGCCUCGACGGAGUAAGACGUGUACCCAAAUCUGUAGCCGAGCCGGCAGCUGCAGGGUUGAAAUGGGAAGCAUGGGAUGGAUACCUACGAGCCGGCAAUGCCGAGCGUCGAGGACUUCUAAACGAGAGCGUUGCACUAGGAAGUGAAGGAGGGGGGGGGGGAGAGGGAAAGACCUGGAAGUCGACGUAG